UCAACCAGUCACUGCCAGGAGGUGAAAUGGCACAGAAAAGAGUUAAGCUGGACUGGGAAGCCUUCUCUUGUUCGGUCUGUCUGGAUCUACUGAAGGAUCCGGUGACUACUCCCUGUGGACACAGCUACUGCAUGGACUGUAUUAAAGCUCACUGGGAUGUGGAGGACGUGAAGCAAAUCCACAGUUGCCCUCAGUGCAGAAAGACUUUCACACCGAGGCCUGUCCUACUGAAAAACACCAUGUUAGCAGAUUUAGUGGAGGAAAUGAAGAAGACUGAAGAACUCCAAGCUUCUCCUGCUGAUCACUGCUAUGCUGGACCUGAAGAUGUGGCCUGUGAUGUCUGCACUGGGAGAAAACUGAAAGCCCUCAAGUCCUGUCUGGUGUGUCUGGUCUCUUACUGUGAUCAACACCUUCAGCCUCAUUAUAACUCCUCUGCGUUUGAGAAACACGAGCUGGUUGACCCCUCCAAGAAUCUCAAGGAGAACAUCUGCUCUCGUCAUGAUGAGGUAAUGAAGAUUUUCUGCCGUACUGAUCAGCAGUGUAUCUGUUCUCUCUGCUUAAUGGAUGAACAUAAAGGCCACGACACAGUCUCAGCUGCAGCAGAAAGGACUGAGAGGCAGAAAGAGCUCGAGGGGAAUCAACAAAACAUCCAGCAGAGAAUCCAGGACAGAGAGAAAGAUGUGAAGCUGCUUCAACAGGAGGUGGAGGCUAUCAAUCGCUCUGCUGAUAAAGCAGUGGAGGACAGUGCGAAGAGCUUCUCCAGUCUUAUCCGUUUCAUGAAGUCCAAAAGCACGGCUGUGAAGUGGAUGGUCCGAUUUCAGCAGAAAACUGAAGUGAGUCGAGUCAAAGAGCUUCAGGAGAAGCUGGAGCAGGAGAUCACUGAGCUGAAGAGGAAAGACGCUGAGCUGGAGAAGAUCUCAGACACAGAGGAUCACAACCAGUUUCUACACAACUACUCCUCACUGUCACCACUCAGUGAAUCUACAGACUCAUCCAGCAUCAAUAUCCGUCCUCUGCGCUACUUUAAGGACGUGACAGCGGCUGUCUUGGAAGUCCGAGAUAAACUACAGGACCUUCUGAGAGACACAUGGGCAAACGUAUCACUGACUGUAACUAAGGUGGAUGUUUUACUGUCAAAUCCAAAUCCAAAACCAGAACCCAAGACCAGAGCUGACUUUUUAACAUAUUCACAUGAAAUCACACUGGAUCCAAACACAGCUUGUAGACAGCUGUUAUUAUCUGAGGGCAACAGAAAAGCAACAUGUAGGUAUGAAAAACGGCCUUGUUCUCAUCACCCAGACAGAUUCACUGAUGUUUGGCAGGUAUUGAGUAAAGCGAGUCUGACCGGACGUUGUUACUGGGAGGUGGAGUUGAGAGGGGGGAGAGUUUUUGUAGCAGUCGCAUACAAGGAUAUCAGAAGAGCAGGGAGCUCGGAUGAAUGCGGAUUUGGACUCAAUGACAAAUCAUGGGCAUUAAGGUGUGAAAAAGAACAUUAUACAUUUUUGAACAACAAUGUCCAAACUCAUGUCCCAGGUCCUGUGUCCUCCAGAGUAGGAGUGUACCUGGAUCACAGGGCAGGUACUCUGUCCUUCUACAGCGUCACUAAAACCAUGACUCUCCUCCACAGAGUCCAGACCACGUUCACUCAGCCGCUCUACGCUGGACUUGGGCUUUGUUUUGAUGGAGGCACUGCUGAGUUCUGUAAACUCAAAUAGACAGAAGUCAUUCAACUUCUGUUGUCUCCAUGCUUGUUGCUGAGAGAAGAAUGUUGUGGCAUUUCUACACUGCACAGAGAUCAGCUGUCAAUCAAACAUUAUGGGUGGAACUUGGGACAUCUAAUUGGUUGAUGUGUAGAAUUUCGUAAUCACGUUUGCAGACCAAAUAUUAUUGUUAUGAGGUAUUAUAGAACUGUCAUAAUUCUCAUUAUAAUCACUUAGGAGAUGAUUCAUUAUUGUUUUUUUAUAUAGCUGAGAUUCAAACAAGGUGAAUCUGUACAUGGAGUCAUUGAACAGAUGUUACUGAUGGGAUGUGUGAACAAACUGAAGGUUUACAUGAUGAAUAAACAAACAUGAACAAAG